CGUCAGGUGGCCAGGGUCCUUCCUUAGGGCGGUCGCGCAGGUAGCGGCUGCGAGUAACCGGACACUGAGCGUCAUGUACUACAAGUUUAGUGGCUUCACGCAGAAAUUGGUGGGAGCAUGGGCUUCCCAUGCCUAUAGUCCGCAGGGAUUAAAGCCUGUGGUUUCCACAGAAGCACCACCUAUCAUAUUUGCCACACCAACUAAACUGACUUCCGAUUAUACUGCAUAUGAUUAUGCUGGGAAAAACAAAGUUCCAGAGCUGCAGAAGUUUUUCCAGAAAUCUGAUGGCGUGCCCGUCCACCUGAAACGAGGCCUGCCUGACCAGAUGCUCUACCGGACCACCAUGGCCCUGACGGUGGGAGGGACCAUCUACUGCCUGGUCGCCCUCUACAUGGCUUCACGGCCCCGAAGCAAAUGAGUUCGACUGUAAAGGACUGGUUUGCUUUUUGGCAUAAACCCUUUGAAUUUUUGUUUC